GCAGUUAGCAGUGUACCAACUACCUCGGUGUUGUGUGAAACCGUUGCAGAUUCAGUGCUGUUAACUUUAGUGAUUUGAUUAAAAUUUCAAUUGUGUUUGUGUUUUUAUCGACCUAAGGCCGAUUAAAAUAGUAUAACAGAGCUUUUUGCUUCAUAAGUUCAACAAAAUUUUGUCAAAACGGCAACCGAAAAGAUUAACUCAUCCGAGCAACCCAACUACAACACAAUGUAUCAGCAAGGUGGUUAUCCGCAAGCCGGGUACCCGCAACCCGGUUAUCCUCAAGGUGGCUACCCGCAAGGAGGUGUCCCGCAAGGCGGCUAUCCUCCCCAAGGGGGCUAUCCUCCCCAAGGGGGCUACCCCCCCGGCGGUUAUCCUCCGCAACCAGGAUUCCAGGCAGGCUAUGGUGGUGCUGGAUAUGGAGAGCCUGGGUACGGAGGGCCCGCGGGGCUGGGUGAUGAUGCCGACGUGAAAGGCUUCGACUUUAACGAGCAGAGCAUCAGGAAGGCAUUUGUCCGGAAGGUGUACUCCAUUUUGAUGUGUCAGCUGCUUGUAACGCUGUCUUUCAUCACUCUGUUCGUAUACCAUGCACCGACCAAACUAUGGGCACAGCAAAAUACUUGGGCUUUCUGGGUAGCGUUUGUGGUGAUGUUUGUAUGUUUGAUCGCGAUGUCGUGCUGCGGUGACCUCCGCCGUCAGUCACCCACCAACUUUAUCUUCCUCGGUCUCUUCACCCUCGCAGAGAGCUUCUUGCUUGGCGUCACCAGCUCUGUUUACAAGAGUGAUGCGGUAAUGAUGGCGGUGGGAAUAACGGCAGCUAUCUGCUUCGCUCUGACUCUCUUCGCGAUGCAGACUAAAUGGGACUUCACGGCCAUGGGUGGUAUACUUCUGUGUGCUACCGUGAUACUCUUGCUGUUUGGUAUAAUCGCGAUCUUCAUCCCUCGCAACUCAAUUGUAAUGCUCGUCUAUGCCUCUCUUGGAGCUCUGCUUUUCUCGGUUUAUCUGAUCUACGACACUCAGCUGAUGAUGGGCGGUAAACACAAAUACAGCAUUUCGCCAGAGGAAUAUGUGUUCGCGGCUCUUAAUCUAUAUUUGGACAUCAUAAACAUCUUCAUCUACAUCCUUACGAUCAUUGGCGUUGCUAAAGAAUAAAUUGUUGGUAUUGGUCUAUGGUAGCUUUGGCUUUUGGCAUAGAGAAUGGACUAAGCAAUGCCCUUUUCUAUACUCUGUUGCAAGAGUGAAAAACGAUUGACCUGUACUUGGUUAUAUUACUUAAAUCAAAUACUCCCGUUCGCUCUCCAUACUUUUUUUUUUCAGUAACAGUGACGUCUUCGUGUCGCUUAUGUGCACGUGUUUUGGCACAUUUUUUGCGUAUUUGGUCGCGUUUUUUUUUUCAAAUUAGAUAAUAAAGUAUAAAAAGCUCAUUAUGUGGAUAUGGGCUGGAAUAUAUAAGAUAGAUGGGUUUUGGGUAACAAAUAAUUAUUCUUGUUGAAUCAGGAUGUACUAUAAAUAUUUUUAUGAAUUUCUUUUGUUGACCCCCAUCAGCAGGUCGAUUUUCGCUCUUAGUUGAAACAGAAAAUAAAUAUGUGACAAUAAAUAUAUGUAUAUAGAAAGUCUGUCAAAAAGAUUUUCGAAUAAAUUUCAUUAACAGUACACAUAUUAAAAUAGCAGCUGACGAAUUGAAGUUGAAAUUGAUAAUUUUUCGAUUCAUAGUUAAAUCACAAACAAUAGAACAUUCCACAAGUCAACCCUACCCACAGACAAUAAAAAUAAGUUACUUUAUCGUUACGUUGACUGAUGAAAUUAAAAUUCCACUCGAAUAAUUAGAGAUAUUGGAUUGAAAUCUCUACUAUGGGCAUUGCAUUUAAGGCUAAUGUUUUCUACUUAGAUUAUUCUUCAUUACCUCAUCCCUCAAUAGUAAAGGCGGUUGUCGAACGCUUAUAAAAAAAUAUGUUAGUUUAAUUAGCUGGUUCUUCUUUAAAUUGAGAUAUUCAGCCACAAUGUUAUAAAUUUAACGCUUUAAAAUACAUUUCUGACUGGCUUAUAAAUAAAUUAUCCUGCCAUUACCAUGAAGGAUUACUAUUACAAAAUUGAAACUGAAUUUAAAAAUAUUUCGAUAAUCGCCUACAAGCUGUACAAAUGAAAAUAUAUGUUAUUUAUUAAAGAAUCGUUUUUACAAUCAUUAUGCCUGUUGUAUUUUUAUUAAUGUAGCUAUAUUUAUUUCGCGAUUGUAAAACCGGUUCUAGACGCUUUAUAGUUUGUACAAAACCCUUAUAAAAGUUAAAGAUACAAAAUCGUGAUCUAAUGACAGAGAUGGCACCAUUUGCCUGCCACCAAUUACAAUGGUAGCAAAUAAUGUGAGUCAAAAUAUCACGUUUAAAGAAAAACACUUUUUUAAUGGAUUAAUGUUAUUUAUGUAUUAUUGUAAACUAAUCCGUUAAAAAAGUAUUUUUCUUUAAAUGUGUAAAAGUUGUUUUAAUAAAAGACAUGUCAAAAUAUCACUAUUUUUAAAUGAGUGGUAAGUAACAACAAUAUCCAUUCAAGAAAUAUAAAUUAACGAUUAAUGUCAUGUUCAUCUAUUCUCAAAACUAUAUCUAGGUUCGCGUAUACUCUGAUUGGAACCCUCUGGCCCUUCGAGAAACAGGGCAUGGAGUGUUUUUACUCUGUGGUACAAUACAAGUUUAAAAGUGACGAGCAUCUGUUAACUGAACUGUAUAUUAUCUGUCUGCCAUAGUUAACUUGGCGUCACUGGCAACAUCUUUACGUCAUCUGUCAAAAUGUAUGCAUUUAGCUCGUUAUUGUAUCUAUAGCUUUAGAAAAUGAUAAUCCCAUAGAUUCCAAACGUUAUUUAUUACGAAUUGUUACUUUAUUUACGCCUAUUUUCGAAUAAUUUAGUUUUGUAACGGUUAUUGCACAUUGUCCUUAAAUGUGUUAUAAGAAUAAUAUAAGUAAAAAUUUGAUGUUUGUAACUUAUCUUCAGGUUUGAAAUUAAUGUUUGAGAUGUACCUAACAAAGUAUUUAAGAUUUUUAUGUUCCUAAAAUUUAGAGUAAAAAUGUUUAAGCCUAAAUUUUAGGUACGAUAAAUUGUACUAAUAAAUCAAUGCAAUCGAAUUUGUCGCACCUAAGUGUGUCCUUUUCUCUCUGUAUAGUAAGGAACGAGACAAACAUGGUGCGACAAAGUUAGUGUUAUAAGAUUGCAUCACGAAAUAUAUUAAUAAAUAUA